AUGGCAUCAUCGGGGGGCAAGCGCAAGCGUGGCAGGGAGCCUGCUACCCCGGAGCCUUACGCUGAGGCAGAGAACAUCACCCCGGCGGAGAUGCUCAACAGCAAGACGAGGCUCAGAGACGGCAACCUCCUCGUUGUGGCCAAGCACUACAAGCGCACCGACAUUGCUCAACAGUGGCAGCGCACCACUGACACUACUGACACUACUAACAAGACCGUCAGCACGAGUGCGGUCAGUCACGCCGUGACAAACGCACUUAAGCGUAAAGCGCUCCAUGAGGGUCUCGACUACGAGUCCAUCAGAAAGGAGUACGAUGCAGAGGACCGUGCGCCUCACAUCAAAGUUCGUACCUCAUACCCAAUUCCCAUUGAUUGUCUCGACGAUAUCGAUGACCUCGAAGACCUCGCAGCCUCCGAAGUCUACAAGCACAAGAAGCGUCGCCUGCCACUUGCCUUCUACAUCAAGCUAUGGGAGGUGGUCAAGAAAAUUGACACCGCCGAGCAAACGUUGCGGGUCAAAGAGGCUUUCGGUCAUGCUACCAUCGGGAUUGCUGCUAAUCUGAUACUGGAGGCGAAGGGACAAGUAUUGAAGAAAGAUGGAGGCAAAUGGACGAUGAGCGACAUUCCAGAUCGGACACUUCAGACGGCGCCAGCCACUCCAUCAGCUCCUAAUCAAGAUCCAACCACGAAUGCAGUGCCUGUCCCUGCCCCCAUCGGUGCACAAGAUCGAUUGCAGCCAGUCGCUACCCCACGAGUUACUGAUACCGCCGGUAACACCAUUGUUCGUCCUCCACCUCCGGCUCGAAAGCAGAUCGCUCCAAUCCAGCGUCUUCAGGGCCGUUCGAUGUACCCUCCUCCCACAUCACGUCCGAUCACCGUUCCUAACGACAGCUCUCCAGCUGACGGCGGUGCCAUUGGUCACGGAGACAAUCUGACAGGCGAAACCAGCCAUGCGAGGCGUCCUUUCGUUGCUUAUGCCAGCAGUGCCAAUACAAUUCCAUUCCUGCAGGCUCCACCUAUGCCAUACACGCCUUUCCAGGUGGUGUCCCAACACGCAUCUCAGAGCACAGGCGCCCGAGCUCAAGUGCCGCCGCAGCCACCCACUGCUCAACACAACUUCCAGGUCAACGAAGAAACCGCACAGCGUGAGUUUCUGGCGUACAACAAUUUCCGCUUAUCCAGUAUUGGUGACACCUUUGCAAGCGGCACUCAAGCCCAGACGACUGCGCCACUACCAGCCUUUCAACCCACUUUCCAGGUCAACAAGCGCCCAGCGAAGCGUCAGCGUACUGGCGGGCAUAUAUCCACUGGCUUUUACUAUAAUGAGCCAUACGGCCAUGCUCCAGCCAUCGUGGCACCGGCACUCGGCGCAAAGAAGCGCGUGCGCACCAGCCAAGGAGUGCCCGCAGUCGUCCUCGCUGUUGAGCCACAGGCCGAGGAUCUUACGGACGACGAGGACGAUCUCGACGCUGCGAUGAGCGCUAUUGCUUUCCAUGACGAAGAGGACGAACCCGACCAACGUACGCCAUACGACUUCGAGGUCUCGAAGCGCGAAGGUGAGCUGAACGGUGUGCUUCGCUUUCGCAAUGCACUUCGUGAUCCAGCUAAGCACACCCACCUCGAUGCGCUUGCCAGCUACUGCCACGACCUCUAUCCUUCUGGCUCGAAGGCUUCCGCUGAGCUCCUGCUCAAGACCCAGACCGGCUGGGAGGACUUCUGCGAAGAGUCAUUCCUACAUGAGUGCCCGCACCGAGCCCUGGAGAACAUCGCAGCUGAGAUCAUUACCGAGUGGCUCGAGGAUGCCUCGAUCAACGAACAUCUUCUUCAGUGGGUCGAGGCUGGAUUGAAUGCGUAUCGCGAAGAGCUGCUCUCUGCUGGGGCCUAA